AUGGCUGUCGCGAGAUUCUUCUCCCCGAUGAACCUGCUCGUUUCCGCUCUCGCCAUCAGCUCUUUAUGCUCGGCGAGUCCAUUCGGAUUGGAGGAACGUCAAGCAUACGCCUUGGUUGGUGACGGCUUCGAGGCGGCCACCUCCACUCUGGGAAGCUACUACAACUACUGGAGGAAGCUGCCCAAUGGAACUUUUGACCUGACACGCAGUGAUCGCUCUCCGGUAACAACGCCAAAGGUAUUGCCGAUGAUGGCCCACAGAUCUUCAAUCAAGAUCGAGCCAAACCGCACCGGCUUGGUGAUCAUCGACAUGCAAAACUUCUUCUUGCAUCCAGAUUUGUCACCGAAAGCAGUGAACGGCCGCGCUGCCGUUCAGCCCACGGUCAACAUGAUCAAUGGGUUCCGCAAGCAUGGCAUGAAGGUCCUCUGGGUGAACUGGGGGUUGACGGAAUAUGACCUGCUGACGAUUCCACCUGCGUUCAAGUCUGGAUUCAGCGGAGGUUCAGAUCUCGCCAACGAGACAUUCGGCAGCGAUAUGGGCACCAUUAAGGACAACGGAACGACGAUUGAGGUUGGCCGGCUGUUGAUGCGUGGGUCUUGGAAUGCCGAGCCUUAUGGUGUGUUGGGGACAAUGAAAAAUGAAGGUCUCGCAGCGGGCACGGAUAUGUUGUUCAACAAGAACCGCCUGUCCGGACUUUGGGGACCACAGACGCCUUUAGGCCUCUGGCUCCAAGAGAACGAAAUGUCGACGCUCUUCUUCGGGGGUGUCAAUGCCGAUCAAUGCGUCUGGUCCACCUUUGUGGAUGCCUACUUCAAAGGCUAUGACGUGAUUUAUGUCGACGAUAUCUCCCAGACAACAAGUCCAUCAUAUGCUCAAGAGAUGUGCCGUUACAAUGCUGCGGGAUAUGGAUUCAUCGGCAACAGUAGCGCUAUAUUGAAAGCACUUGGGUAG